AUGCAUCGUCUUUUUGCUGAGCUGGAGCCAUCUUUAACCGUCACAGAGCAAAACCUGGCAGACCGAGUUCGGUAUAUCUUGCGCUCAAAUAUAUUUGAUGUCACCGAACUCGAACGGCUACGACGUGAGGCUGUUCCCUCGUCGGAUGAGAAUGCUACGGCUGAGGAUGCGGCGCCACAAAUGGUAGAGCAACCCGCAAACGUGGAUGCCGCCGUGAAUACCCCAGUUGUGGUUGAUUCAAGCGAUGAUGGAACAGUCACCCAGGAACUGGAAUUAGAGCAUAUGAGGAGUACAUUGGAAGAGGCGAUUGUGGAAACGCGCAGUACGCCAAUCGACGCAUAG